CCAUGGAGGCCGGCGCUGACGUGGAGGAGCCCCCGCUGCCUCUGGCACUGAGCAGGUUUCAAGUCUCUGAGGAGUUUGGCUUCCUGCUUCCCGAUCCUCUGGUAGGAGCUGGCUGUGCCUCCCCGUCUGCGUGCCACAGGAGGCAGACAGGAAAAUAGAGGGACAGAGCUGCCGGAGCCCUACGGCCCCUGGAUGGACAUUGCCCGUGAGCUGCCCCAGCUGAUCACGAGCCAUCAGCUCCGGCCACGCGUGCACCAGAUGCCGCAGCUGAGCACCCAGCACCUGCGAGGACGUGAGGAGCUGCACUUGGCACACCUGGCGCUCAGCUUCAUCACCAUGGGCUACGUCUGGCAGGAGGGCGAGGAGGGCACCGUGCAGGUCCUGCCCCGAAACCUCGCUGUCCCCUACUGGGAGGUCUCACAAGCCCUGGGCCUCCCGCCCAUCCUCAGCCACACAGACUUUGUGUUGGCCAACUGGAGGAGGAAGGAUCCCAACGGGCCUCUGGAAAUUGAGAACCUGGACACGAUCAUCACACUGCCUGGGGGAGAGAGCCUGCGGGGCUUCAUCCUUGUCACCCUGCUGGUGGAGAAGGCAGCUGUGCCUGGCAUUAAGGCAAUCCCCCGGGCCCUUGGUGCCACCCUGCAGGGGGAUGAGGAGACCCUGCACAGAGCCCUGGAGGAGCUGGCAGGGGCCAUCGAGGCCAUGAGGGAGGCGCUGAGGAGGAUGCACGACUAUGUGGAUCCAGAAGUGUUCUACUCUGUGAUCCGGAUCUUUCUCUCUGGCUGGAAGGACAACUCUGCCAUGGAGCACGGGCUCAUCUACGAGGGGGUGUCCCCAGAGCCCCUGGCGUUCUCUGGGGGCAGCGCGGCACAGAGCACGGUCCUGCACGCCUUUGACGAGCUCCUGGGCAUCCGCCACCACCAGGACAGCGCUGCCUUCCUGCGCAGGAUGAGGGAGUACAUGCCCCCGGCGCAUCGAGCCUUCGUGGAGGCGAUCGGCGGCGCCGCGUCCCCGCGGCUGCUGGUGCUCUCCUCGGGGGACGCGCGGCUCCGCGCCGCCUUCAACCGCUGCGUGUCGGCUCUGGCAGAGUUCCGCUCCUACCACAUCGCCAUCGUCACCAAGUACAUCGCCGUAGCGGCGGCCAAAGCCAAGGCCAGGCGGGCAGAGCCGGGCCCCGCUGCGGGAAAGCCGCCCUCUGCCCUGGAGGCGAAAGGAACCGGCGGGUCCCACAUCUUCAGCUUCCUGAAGAGCAUCAGGGACAGCACCAGGGCGGGGAUGAUAAGUGCCUGAUCUACCCCGAGGGUUGCCCAAAGUGGGCACAGGAGGCCAAGGGGCUCCGGUGUACUUGUCUGCAACAAGCCAAGGUGCAAAAUCUCCCAUCAGCAGCAGCCUUCCCACCUGGGCACGUCUGGGACACGAGGGACACGCUGGGGGCUGCUGAGAGACAGCGGUGCUGCUGCUGCGAGCUCAGCAUCCUCCCCUGGACCCGCACAGGGUCCUCCUGUGGCACUGACGCCAGCACAUCAGCCCCGGGCCCCAGGGAAGGGCUGUGUCCCCCAAGCCCCGCUUCUUCCCCGCUCCACCCCGGCGUGGGGGCCGCAGCUCAGGGGGACACGGGUGGGUGACACGGAAGAAUAAAGCAGCGAUUGCCGAGCCAGCCGUGAGGCCGGGCCCU